GACACAAACGACUAGUACUACCACAACAACAAUAACUACUACGACAACGACAACAACUACGACAACAACAACAACAACUUCUACGACAACAACCACAACUACUUCUAAAACUACGUCUACAACAUCAACGUCAACAACUACAACGACAACUACAACUGUAACUACGACCACAUCAACUACCAGCCAAACUACGACUACCCAGACAACUACUACUUCGACCACCACAACAACUACUCAGACAACAAUAACUUUCUCUCCUGUUGGCAUUUAUGCAUUGACAAUUCCAACAUGUGCAACAUGGAAUGACACUGGAAUAACAAUGGGUGGCAAUAGUAAUGGAAGCGUAGGGUCUGAUUUACGAUCUCUUAGUAGUCCAGUGAGUAUUUUUAUUGACAAUAAUGAUAAUCUGUUCGUUUGUGAUCGAGAUAAUUAUCGCAUACUCAAAUUUCCUCCUAAUUCAAAUACUGGAAUUAUUAUCGCUGGCAAUGGAACGGCUGGGAAUGAAUCUAACCAAUUGAGAGGACCUAAAGGUGUUGCUAUUGAUCAAUAUGGUGAUAUUAUUGUUGCUGAUAGUGAUAAUUAUAGAAUUCAAAAAUUUGUUAAUGGUUCCACAUCAGGCAUUACAUUAGCUUCCAAUUCAUCAAUAAAUCCUCUUGGUCAAAUGCGAGAUUUACAUAUUGAUGUCAAUAAUAACAUAUAUGUUACUGAUUCAGAUAACAAUCAAAUUGUUAAGUUUAUUCCUUUUUCAUCCAUUGGUGUCGUUGUAGCAGGAGGUGGGCCUGCUGGUCCAGGACUCAAUCAGUUGUCGGGUCCAUUUGGAAAUUUUGUAGACCCAAAUGGAACAUUGUAUGUAGCUGAUGAUCAGAAUUUUCGCGUAAUGAAAUAUUUUCCCGGAUCAUUAAACGGAACUAUAGUAGCUGGUAACGGAACAGCAGGCUCAAGUGCAUAUCAACUGUCUCGUUCUAUAUCGAUAAUCGUCGAUAAUAAUGGGUAUAUCUAUGUGGCUGAUUAUGGCAAUGCAAGAAUCAUGCGUUGGACAACGAAUUAUGCGGCUGGUGGUGUCUGUGUUAUUGGUUGUACGGGAUCAUCAGGUGUAGCUGCUACUCAAUUACGCGGUCCAAGAGAUCUGAAAUUUGAUAGAUACGGUAAUAUUUACAUAACUGAUCAGGCAAAUCAUAGAAUACAAAAAUUUAUGAUCCAAGUACCUGCAGCAGGUUGUUCUAGUAAGUAA